AUGAUGGCAGACUUCGAAUAUGUCUCGAAGCACGAGGCAACGGAGCAGACUGGUCCCAAACCACCAUUGGAUCUCAGCCAUCACCUGUCGAGAGUCACAGCUGCGCGGAAGGAGAGUCAAAUCAAGAAGUUCUAUCAGUACUUCCAAAUCCCAGGAAUUGGUAACCUGGCAGGAGGUCUACCCAAUGCUUCAUUAUUCCCCUUCGACACUCUCGAAGCCCAGAUCGCGCAGCCAGAGCGCUGGACGCCUACUCCGAAUGAUCCAAACGAUCCAUAUAAAGACCUUUCCAAGACACUCGAGAAGACCAGCCUGAAGAAUGGCAGAGAUGUCACAUCCUCCACGCAUAUCACCGUGCCACAUACAUCCGCCAUCAAGAACCCAAUCCAAAAGAUCGAUCUCACAACAGCUUUACAGUACGGCACUGCGCAAGGAUACCCUCCACUCUUCUCCUUCCUCCGCCAAUUCACCCGCGAAGUCCUCCAUCCUAAUGUCCCGUAUGCUGGAGGCCCAGAGAUCAAUCUUACGUGUGGAAGUACGGAUGGUAUGGCGAAGGCGCUGGAGGCUUUCACGAAUGUCUGGAGCGAGGAGAAGGAUUGGGUGCGCGAGCGCCCGGGUAUGCUGUGUGAGGAAUUUGCCUAUAUGAAUGCGUUGCAAGCUGCUGCUCCAAGAGGAGUACAGAUUGUGCCUGUGGCUAUCGACUUGGAGGGUAUGCUGCCCUAUGGGCCUGGUGGACUGGAGGAUGUUCUUGAGAACUGGGAUGAUUCGAAGGGAAAGAGACCGCAUUUGCUGUACACUGUUACCAUUGGGCAGAAUCCAACCAGCGGAACUCUGUCCGUUAAGCGUCGCAAGGAGCUCUACGCCAUUUGCAGCAAGUAUGAUGUUAUCAUUAUCGAAGACGAUCCAUACUGGUAUCUUCAAUUCCCAUCAGCAGUUGGAAGGGAAGCAGAGGCACGGAACCUCCCUACCCCAGCUCCACAACCAAUCCAUGAGUUCGCUAAGAAGUCUGGAUAUCCAUUCAUCGACAGUCUCGUGCCAUCAUACCUCAAUGUAGACUACGACGGCCGAGUCGUCCGCCUCGACACUUUCUCCAAGACUGUCGCGCCAGGAUGCCGAGUCGGAUGGAUUACAGCGCAGCCCGCAAUUAUCGAAAGAAUCCUCCGCAUCACAGAAUGCUCCACGCAACAACCCUCCGGUUUUGUACAAUCCAUGCUUUCAGAGUUAAUCAUGGGCCCUCAACCUGCCUUGGCAGAAUUCUCCAAGAAAUCCAAGAAGGACCAACUGGCAUUCACAGGCUGGGAGACCGACGGCUGGGUGCGUUGGCUGGCUGGUCUACGAGGCAACUACGAGAACCGCAUGAAUAGGAUGUGCACGCAGCUCGAGGAAGGCCGUUUCUUGCUCAAGCAGAAAACACCAAACCAAAUCGCUGACGCUGACUGGGCUGUGAUCUCCAAGACGAAGAUGUUCUCGUUCGAUUGGCCACGUGCAGGCAUGUUCGUUUGGGUACACAUGCAUUUCGACACGCACCCACUGGCAGGCGUCGUUCCCGGUCCCAAGAUGUCCGAACUCCUCUGGGUAUUUCUCACCACAGUGCCAUACCUUGUGCUCGCUAGUCCUGGCUCGGUGUUCAGUCCUACAGAGGAGAUCAGAGCGGAGAAGGGAUGGCAGUAUUACCGUCUUUGCUUUGCGGCUGUGGAUGAGGAUGAGGUGGAGAAGAGUAGUAAGAGGUUUGCGGAGGGGAUCAGGGCGUUCUGGUUGAUUAAGGAUAAGAAGGAGAUGCAGGAUAUUGAGCCGGAGAUUAAUGAGGCGAAUCUUGGGCAAGUGUGUGAUUUGGGGAUGGGUAUGGCUUGUUAG